AUGAAAAGACAAAUUAUAUUGUUUACUUCUUUAUUUAUUUUUUCUUUUAAUUUAACAUGGUCAUAUGAAAAAUCAAAUAUUAGAUCAGGAUAUUAUAAUGAAGAAAAUUUAAACAAUAAGGAAAAGAAUAAAACUAAUUCCUUGUUUAACGAAAUUAAUGAAGAUGUACAAAAUGAUGUGGAAAAAAAUUUAGAUAGUGAAAAAAAUGUGUUAGAAGGUGAUGAUUUGUUUAUAGGGCAAGCAGGAGAAGAAGGUAGUAUAAGUCCUAGUACAGGAACUGAUACUCAAAGAUCAGGUGAUUCAGCAACUACAAAUGAUAAGAAUACAAAUGGUGCAUCGGGUUUAUCGGGAAGUACAGAACUCCGUGAAGGUGGAACAACAGGAGAAUUAGGAACAGGGUCAGGACCAAAGGAAACACAAUCAGGGCAAUCAGGACUACAAUCAGGACAACCAGGAUCACAAGCAUCACCAGUACCAGGAGCAGCAUCAGGACCACAGGGAACACAAGAAAGGUCAGCAGAAACAGGACAAGGUGCAGUACCAAGUGUACCACAACAGCCUAGUCCCGCAAAUCCAUCAGCAUCUGAACAACCACAAGCAGUAUUGGAAUCAUCAAGUCAAGAAGGAACAUCACCCCAAUCACGAACAAGAAGAUCAACUGAAUCGGAUCAAUCGUCAGAUAAUGGAAAUAAUACCCAAACUCCUGUUAGUACAAUUCAAAAUUCUAAGAAUGUUAGCACAUCUCCUCAAACGACACAACCUCGUAAUACUGAAAAUAAUAGAGUAAAUAGAAUCCCAGAAAUGAAAUAUUUAGAUCUCCUUUAUGAUGAACUUCUUACAAAUAGCGAAGGAAAACAUCAAGUUGAUUUUGGAGAAAAUCACGAAAAAUAUAAUAUUUUUAGAAAGGACUAUGAUAAUUUUGCCAUUAAUCAAAAAGAGUAUGAUAUAAUUAAGAAACUUCUUAAUUCUCUUUUUACAGAUAAUGAUGAAAAUGAAAAAAUGAAAAAGCUAGCUAGUAUCUUUCAAAAAGCAUUAAUUGACAAGGAAUUCCAUGAUCAAUUUAAAAACUUUAUUGAUGGUAUUUUGGGAUUUGCAAAACGUCACAGUUACUUAGGAAAUGAAAAAAUCCAAAACAAUGCUGCAUAUAAAGCAUUCUUUCAAAAUGCAGUGGAUUUAUUAAAUACACUUUAA